UGAGUGCUCAGUCCAACAGGAUGGCUGGUGGACAGGUGAAAUGUUUGUCUGUGAUUGGAUUCAGUCUUAUCUGCCUUAAAAUGGUUGCUGCAACAAAAACAGCUCCCAAAAUACCCACUAUCGAUCAGGCGUAUUCAAAAAUCAGCAACAGUAUCACUGUGGAAUGGGCUACAGUGCCAGGGGCCACCAGUUACCUCCUCACGGCCAGAGACAGGAACGCUGUCAUUGAAACCGUGGUGGCCAGUUCCCCAGGCACUGUGACGGGCCUGAAGGCUGCAACCUUGUACCAAAUCACCAUCAGAUCCAUCAGUCCUGCUGGGAGAAGCCAGGCAUCGCCUCCAAAACAGGCAAAGACAGUGCUGGCUGCACCAAUUCUACAAGUAAGCUCUCCAAGUCCAGACUCUAUUCUUGUGCAGUGGGAAACCGUAUAUAUGGCAACUGGAUUUUCUGUGUCCAUUAUGCGAGCUAAUGGUUUGGGGAGAAUAUGGAAAGAAAAUACCACCAACACCUCCUUGACAUUCACCAGUUUAGAUGCUGGGACUCUCUACACCAUAAAGGCCUAUGCGUGGAAUGCCAGCGGAACACCUGGGGAUGACUCCACCUGCAAUCAGAGAACAGGUCCUCGUGCUCCUGCCAACAUUCAAGUCUCUUUUGAUAGUGGUUCUCUGAAGGCAUAUGUUUCAUGGGCACCGACAGAAGGAGCUUUCAACUAUACCGUGAUGGCUUUGAGUGACUCUUCCAGGCUGAGCUGUAGUACGACUUUCAGUUCCUGCACCAUCUCCUCUCUCCAGUGUGGAACCGAGUACCUGAUAUCAGUUUUAGCAACUAAUGAUGCCGGAUCUAGCAGAUCAAUUUCAGCAGUGACCCUGAGAACUGUUGCUUGUGCACCUGGAAGGGUGACAAUCCAAGAAGAUCCCCCUGGCCACCUGUCUGUGGUUUGGUCCAGCGUGCAUCUGGGUGAUUACUAUGUGGCCUUUGUGAAGAAUGACGAUGGCUUGGAAGUACACUGCAACACCUCCCUCACCCAGUGCAAUUUCUUAUCUGAGUGUGGCUUCACAUACUUUAUUAGUGUUUUUGCCUAUAACAAGGCAGGACAGAGUCCUUUGGGUGGUGUGUUUAAUUAUACCACAGCCCCCUGUUGUCCUGGUGACAUUAACCCUGUGUUGGUGUCCAGUGACAGAGUAGAGAUCGUCUGGUCUCCUGUCCGUGGUGCCGAACUUUAUGAAACCAAGGCUGUAGAUGGGUUCAGCGUGGUUGAAUGCAAUGACACUGUUCCGGCUUGCACCCUUUCUGCUCUAGAGUGUGACACCAAGUACAACAUCACGGUGUAUUCCUUCAGUGAAGUCCGGGGCAGCAAUACAUCGUGUACUUCCCGAUUUAUAACCACAGCUCCUUGCAGUCCUGAAAUCAAAAAUGUUUCGAAGGAUGCCUUUUCCAUGAUUAACGUGUACUGGCGAUCCACUAAUGUUGAGGCCACUUACACGGUGACUGCCCAGGGAGAGAAAGGGCUGCACCGGUGCAGCAGCACGGGAGAGUCCUGCACCUUGUGGGGCUUGCCCUGCGGCUCAGUGUUCUCCGUCACCGCUGUGGCUGAAACACCAGCAGGACGGAGCCUGCCCAGCUACAGUGUGCCCUUAGAAACGGUGCCGUGCUGUCCAGCCAGUCUGACAGUAACUCAGGUCACACAAUCGGUAAUCAACGUGAGCUGGACUGUUGGGACCGGCGCCCAAACCUAUGUGACAGCUCUGGAGUCACACACUGGACAGUCUAAGUGUCACACCCAUCAAAACCACUGCCUCCUGGGAUGCAUCACAUGCGGCAUCAAUUACACAGUGGCAUUAAAAGCAAUUAGUGCCACUGGGUUGACUGCGGACUGUGGCUACCAAAGUUAUUCCUCGAGUUCCUGCUGCCCUUUGGGGGUGAAAUUAUAUAGGCUGGUCCCUAAUGGCAUCCGGAUCCACUGGCAGGCGUCCAGGGGCUCUGCCAAUUACAGCACUGACCUCUAUGGUUCCAAAGGCAUUUUCACGUGUGCCCCAAGCGCUGGCCUCAGUUUCUGUGAUAUCACCGAGAUACCCUGCGGGGAUGUAUAUACCGUGAUGGUCUCCCCAGUUGCUGAAACAGGACUGAAGCUUACUUUCUGUCCAAAAAAAAUAUAUUCAGUCACCUGCUCUGGAAGUACACUUGGAAUGGUGAUUUACAGAGGGAAGAGAAAUGCGGUAUGGCAUAGUGAACCAUGGAUAAAAAAAGAGACUUGACUAAGUUUCCUCAAUUGUUAGUGUGAUUAGAGAUGGAAAAGAUCUAUUAGAAUACAAAAUGCCUCUAGGAUAGGACAAGCCCUUUUGGCCUUCAGAGAACCACUCUAGCUCCAUUUCCUGCAGGAAGGUGUGACCUCACCUGCACAGGAGUUCAAGAUCGGCUGCGGAGAGAACUCAGUAGAGAAAUGAAUCCAGAAAGUCCUCUGGAAGGCUGCCAGAGUGAGCCAGCACACUGGGAAAUGUGAAAGUUCUGCUUAGCAGAAAUUCUUUAUUUCACAUUCAGACAUACUACGGACUUCAGCACACCCACUUCAUAAGCAUUUCAUCGACCCCAGCACUUGCCCUGUGGCCCUCUGGCCAUUCAAGGGUUGGACACGUCCACCCCCAGAGAAGUCGAAAUCAAGCCACCACACAUAGACAGCGCUCACCCAAGACGAACCUCCACCAGGACUUUGGCCAAGGUUGGAUAGCAGCAGCUGCCAGGGCCACCUGUAGUAACAAACACCCUCAGCUCAAGUUAGGAGGAAGCUGAGCCACUUGCAGCCUUCACCAAGCCAAAGCAUCGUGUGAUGAGACCUCUGUGUGUCUGGGAAAGCAGAGCUGUUGGCCUGUUGCUGGAAGGACUGUGGUCAUGUUUUUGAAUGAGCAAAGAUUUCAGAUGGAGGGACAGCCAGGACCAGAGCCUCAAAUGGUGGCAGAGUGACAUAGGGAAGGACCGUCAGUCUUGCUGGCUGUAGCCCCCGCUUACACUCUAACUGCUUUUUUUUUUUAAAUCUUUGGAGAGAAAAGGCAAUUAUAUAUAAUAUAAAUCUGUUGUACCUAAAAUAAUUUUGUCCUUCAAGUGCCAGUAACCUUAUUAAAAGAUAGUGCGAGUAGGACUUGUGUAACACACACGUAACUAAAGUGUUUACUCCCCAGAAGCAUAGCUGUGGAACUAAGAACGUCUGUUGUUAGGAACAGCCAUAAAACUCUGCCCAGAGGGAACUGGAGCGUGGAAUUAGGCUUGAGGUACACUAGGAGGGAGCAGCAAACUUCCUUUUCUAUGUCUGCUUUCCCUUUCUGUGUAAGACUGAUGAGAGAUACUCCCCAGAGCAACUGCACUUGAAAAGGACAUAGACGAAGACACGGAUCCCGAAAAAUGGAAUUUGCUGUAUCAGAGAGCACACACAGAGGAGGGCCAAGUUUUAGUUCACUUUUGUUCCUAAAUACCAGUGUCUGAACAGGAGUCAGGCUAGGUGUAUUGACAUCAAUUGGGGAACCCAUUACUUAAUAUAGAUUUCCGGGUACCACCCAUGGAGUUUCUAACCCAGCAGGUUUGGGACCAGGCCUGGGAAUGUAUAUUUUUAACAAACUCUCCAAGUGAUUCUGACAUGCAGCCGGGUUUGGGAACCUUAAAAGGCUUGCCUUGGUGAGUUCUUCCUUGAAGCAACAUUUCAAUGAUGGGAAGCUGAGACGUGUUAAAAGAUAAACUGAGGCAUAUUAAAAAUUUUAAGAGUUUAUUUGAGCAGAAAUUGAUUCAA